AUAUCCAAUAAUUCUCCCUGUCAAAGCCAAGAAAGUACAGAAAGCAAUUCAGAAAAUUCUAUCGAACAAAAUAUAAAUUUGGAUGUUUACAAAAGUCCACAUCAAACGUAUUUCACGUACAAUGUACCUCUAUACAAGAAUUUAGCGAAGAAGACAAAAAGUAAGGUAGAUGUUAUGGAGUAUAUUUGUUUAAAUUCGAACAUCCCUGUUCCCAAAGUUUAUUAUUGGAAUAGUUCUGUCAAUAAUCUGGUGGGAUCAGAAUAUAUUUUAAUGGAAUAUUUAUCCGGCAUUCGUCUUUGCGAUAUCUGGAGUGACCUCAGCAUGGAAAAAAAAAAGAUGUUUCUAUUAAAAAUUAUUGACAUUCAAUUGGAACUUAAAAAACUUUCAUUUUCAAAAAUUGGUAGUAUUUUUUUUGAUGGCAAAAAUGAUCAAUUUAAAAUUGGUCAGGUGAUUGAAAGUGACUUUUUUACUG